UCAGGGGGUGUGGUGUCACGAGGUGCUUUUAAACGACUGGAGUUUUGGAUGGGCAACACAAAGUGCACACAAGCAUUCAACAAAUCGCCUGAGAACUGAAGCAAGAAUGGACGCAGGUUUCAGACAGAUGAACGGGAAUCUGGAGAGAAAGGGCUCUCUGACCUCAUCCUACCUGGAAGAACCAUUAAAUAAAACAGGAGUGGUGUCCUGCAUCUUCUCUUUGAAGCAGGAAGUUGGCGCACUUGUAAAAGCUCUAAGACUCUUUGAGGAGAAAGGCAUUAAUCUGACCCACAUUGAGUCCCGUCCAUCACGCAACAACAAAGAAGAAUACGAGUUCUUCAUCAGUGUGGAUCAAGCCUCUUCUAAUGCUCUGGACGAGGUUGUUGACGGUCUGCGCACGCAAAUCACUGGCCAAGUUCAUGAGCUGUCUCGCAACAAACAGAAGGACACAGUUCCAUGGUUCCCAAAUGACAUCCAGGACUUGGACCGUUUUGCCAAUCAGAUUCUCAGUUAUGGGUCCGAGCUGGAUUCAGACCAUCCUGGCUUUACUGACCCCAUGUACCGUGCCAGAAGAAAGGAAUUUGCUGACAUUGCCUACAACUACAGACAUGGACAGGUUAUUCCACGUGUGGAAUAUACCGCUGAAGAGAAGGCCACAUGGGGAACAGUUUUCAGAGAGCUGAAGACUCUGUACGCAACGCAUGCCUGUCAUGAACACAACCGUGUUUUUCCACUUCUGGAGAAGUACUGUGGAUACCAUGAGGACAACAUCCCGCAGCUAGAGGACAUCUCACACUACCUGCAGACAUGCACAGGUUUCCGUCUGCGUCCUGUGGCCGGUCUGCUCUCCUCGCGUGACUUCUUAGCUGGGCUCGCCUUCCGAGUGUUUCACUCGACACAGUACAUUCGCCAUAGCUCCAAACCCAUGUACACACCUGAACCGGACAUCUGUCAUGAGCUACUGGGCCAUGUCCCACUGUUUGCUGACCCAGGCUUUGCCCAGUUCUCACAGGUUUGA